CACGGAGGGGACUCAGGCCGGAGCCGCGCACGUCGCCGCCGUCAGAGGCGCUCCUAGUAGGCGGGGCUUGUUGGCAGACCACGCCCAGGAGGCGGUCCGCUCAGCCCGGCCUUCUGGGGAGCGGGGCCAGUGGGGCGACCACAGUCUGUCACAGCGGAGCUGCUCCGUCCUGCCCGACCAGAGGUUCUAGAAUUCGCUUUGCAGUUACCUCAGCACCAAGGAGGCGAUCCGGUCCUGCUACCCAACUGAGUCCAGUCAUGCAGGGACAGGAAGAUGGAGACAACAUCCUCCCUUUUGCCAAGUGUUCCAGGGUGGUCAGCCGAUCUUCACCCUGCAGCCUGACUUCCCAGAGUAGCAGACCAAUGCCUCAGCCUUAUGGAGAUACCUUCUGGGAGAAUCUUAGCCAAAGGUCUAGCUCCAACUGGAUGGAAGAACAGCACAUUCCACCAAUACUGAGGGCCACUGGCUGCUCCCAGCCCGGCCUGCACCCUCUUGAGGGUCUCCCUCCUCCUGAAAAGCUCUGGAGAAGAAAGAGAAAGAAGCUGCAUUUGGAAAGAAUGCAAAAGGGCCCUGGAAACAUUCCAGCCCGUGUUAGAGCUGUUACUUAUCAUCUGGAGGACCUGAGGAGGCGGCAGAGAAUUGUCAAUGAACUGAAGAAGGCCCAGUGGGGCAGCUCUGAGGCUACAUCCGAGCUCCCAGUACUAGAAGAGGGCUAUGAGUUCUUCAGCACCACUGAAUACCUUGACGAGGAACAAGAGAGGGCAGCCUAUCCACAGGAAGAGAAUUAUUCUGUCACUCCCAGGGAUCAGCUGCUUUGGUCUCCCUGGACUCCCUUAGGCCAGGAGGGGCAUUAUGCUUCUGGGCAGCUAAGCUCUCUGGCCCACAGCACUGUUACAGCCAGGAGGAACCCCACUUACAAUCCUCAGAGGAUGGAGUUGGAGUCUGAGGAGUAGAGGGAAAUCACCCAUGCCUAAGCUUCGGGACCCAAGACCAAUUCAAACGGGAGACUCUCCUCAUUGGUGACGUCAAGGCGGGUGUUUCCCUCUCCUAACCCUAACUUGUUCACAGCCCACUUGAGUUCCUGUCCAACAGCCCCAUCCCCUCACAGCCGGACCCUGGUCUUGUGUUCUCUCUGUUCUGUUAUUAAAGAGCCCGGUGUAGUCUUG